GUAAAGUUUAAUGGUUUAAAUUUAAUACAAUUUUAUUAGUCCUUUAAAAUUAAUAAGAUGUAGUUUAUUUUGUAAGGGAAGGGUAUGUUUAUCCCAUGACAAGCAGUGUACUGAUGAUAAUUGCCUAUAUUUCAGGCUACAAUGGCCAGAGAAAAGCUGUCAGUGGAGGAGCGCAAAAGAAGGAACAGGGAGUAUCAGAAAAGAAGGAGAGAAAAAAUAAAUAGCCAGCCUGAGCUGAAGGAAGAGUUUUUAAGAAAGGAAAGGAAAAGAUGGAGACAGAGAGUGGAAGAGGGAAAAAUAAAACAUAUCAAUAAUCUGGGUGAAAGAGAUAAGAGACGUAAGAGAAGACUUUGGAAGCAAAAACAAAAGGAGGCAAGAGAACGCAGAAGUACAAUCCUGUCACUAUGGACAAAAUCUCCCGCAGAUCACACUUCACACAGGCAUGUUCUACACUGGGCAACAAAAAGCAGGAUUCUGCACAAUCUCGGAGUCAAAGCGUCAGGAUGCUGCAGCCAUAUGGACCUAUAUGGAUCAAAUCCUCACAGAUAUUCACAUCAGAUAUCCGGCUAUAAACACUAUCCACUUUUGGUCUGAUGGUCCAAGCAAACAAUAUAAAAAUAAGAAGAACUUCUUUCUCCUCUGUGUUGUCCCGCAACGUCUGGGAUUUGAGAAAGCUACAUGGAAUUUCUUCCCAACAUCACAUGGCAAAGGCGCUCCAGAUGGCAUUGGGGCGACGGUGAAGAGAUGUGCUGACAGUAUUGUGCUGAGAGGUCAGGAUAUCAUAGAUGGCAAAUUAUUCUUUGACAAGGUGUCCAACAGCUUAAGUGGUGUCAAGCUGCAAUUUGUGACAAAUGAAGAUUUUCAGUCUUAUGACUCUCUCCUCCUGCAAACCCUGAAAUCAAUUCCAGGAACAAGAAACAUUCACCAAGUGCUAGCUCAGGGGAAUGUCAUCCAUUGUAGGUUCCUUUCAUGUUUUUGCGGAGAGCCACAGAUUUGCAAGUGCUUCAGUCCCACCAUUCACUCUUUUGGCAACACAACACAGGACCCAGAUGUCCAUGAAAGUUCAACCACUGCUAAAGUUCAAAAUCCUCUGGAAAUGCUGAUGGAGGAAAUGGAGAAGGAGCCGAGCAAGACACCUAAAGGAACAACAACCCUGAUAGAUCCUUGUGAUGUCCAAAGUGAAGACUGGCUUGUUGUGAUGUAUGAUGGAAAGUGGUGGCUGGCUAAAGCCUUACAAAUUGACAAAGAGCACGAAGAUGUACAAGUGGAAUUUUUUCAUCCUCAUGGACCAACUCUUAGCUUCAAGCAAAAACAAGGUCGUCGGGAUAUCUGCUUUGUGCCAUUUUCGGAUGUCCUAGUUAGGCUGAGAAAACCAUCCUCACCAGUCCGCACAAGCAGCACCAGGGGUGUAUACCGCAUUUCACCAGCUGUUAUGGAUUUUAUUGAAGGAGAAUAUGUGACACGUCUAUUGCCUGGGGAUUAAAUAUUCUGACUUUUAAGCGAUUUAGAAAGAUAUGAAUUAGUUCACAAUAUAUUUCAAAAAGUUCUGUCGUGUAUAUUUUUGUUUGUAUUCAUCUUUUACAUUUUGAUUGAAAAUCGUCCUGGUUGAUGACUUCAGUGACAAAGGUACAUUCUCAAAAAUUUAGAUGUUCCUUGAAAUCUAAAUAUGGUUAUUUCACAUUUUUUCUUCAUAUCUUCACAUUCUACAACAUUUCAGCAUUUAAUUCUUCUUAAAUGUCAUUUCAAGUUCAGUGUUUUCUUUUUACUUACUAGUUUGUCACCACCAUCAGUUUUGUGUCAACACCGUCAUGUGCCGUCAACUCUGUCAGAUGUAGUUUAUGUUGCAUUUUGUUUAAAAUAACAUUUAUUUUGUUUCUUGAUAGGCAUUUGUUUGUGAAAUGUCUGAAUUCAUGUAUUUGGUGCAUAUGUGUUUUUUACUAAUAAAUGACACUGUUCAUUGUGGUGAUUACUUUCAAAAUUGUUUUUUGUAUCAAUUGAACUGGAGUAAUUAAAUACAGACUAAAUAAAUGUUUAAA